UGUCUUGUCCAGUGCCAACUGAUGUGUGGACCUGUAGUGUGUUAAGAUCCACAAACAAAUACGCUCACGAGGAGCAGUGCCCACUAGAUACCGAGGCCUGCGUUGUGUUCUAUAGCUGCCAGAUGGCACGCAGAGCGAGCUGUUUCCUCUGCUAGGAUCCCAAGUCCAGUCGAUGCAAGUUUGUGAUUACGCUGUUAUUUGUGUGUGUGUAGGCUAUACCAAGUUCCGUUGAUAUGUGACCACACACGCCUACUACAUCGUGAAGAAUGAUUACGCUGUGGUACAAACGUUUACAAUAAUAUUCCAUCAACUCACUGUGCACACUUUCGUAAUAAACUUUUUUACUUUCGUGUGAAGUUAGACAGUGUUUUGAUCUUAGUUAACUUUAUGUAUUUGUGGAACGGACUUGAAUAUUAAAAUGUGAAAUAUUGUUCGUCGAAGGGUGUCUCAUCGUCAUGUAAAGUCCAUGUUACUUUUCAGUGUCCCACGUAACAAAACGUUUAGAAUGUGACCACGAUAACUCAUGGAUGAUUUUAUACAUCUCUGAAGAUUAACACAUAGGGUGUUUUUGCAUUGGUGCGGAGUCAACAAAUUCUGCAGGUGAAGACAGCAGUCAUAUUUUAUUAUUGUAGUGCGAAGAAGGGCGCAGGCGUAGACCCAGAGCUGCUCCUGAAUAUUGGCCUCCCAGUCGAACAUCUAGUGGCUUCCGGGGCUGUGCCAGCGAGCCCCGGGCAGACGACGUCCGUUUUCUGAACACUUCCACCUCUCUGCUGUGUGGACUAACCGGACCAUCUGCCCCUUAUCCUGCGUCACCUCGCCAGGCAGAUCAACGCCUCCGAAAGCUCAUCUUGUUACUGUCAUGUCGUCAUUUUUAUUGGACAAGUCCUUGUUGCCCUGAUAAUGAAGGCAGCAAAGACCACGGAAACGUUUUGUUUCAAGAUGGCCACUAACGAAAGUUGGAAAAUAAUCUCAGACAGGCAACCGGAAGACAAGACAACAUUGCAGUGAUAUCUUCGAACCAGUUCUCACUUCCAAAACAUUGGAGAUGGGGCCUCAACGACUCUUGAGAGACCUGCCUGAUCCAUCACCUGGUGUUUAUAGCAAACAUGAGAGGAAAACUGUGUCCUUCCGUCGAUGGCUGCUAUGGAUACCUCUGGUAAUAUUUGCAUCUCUUCUCUACGUCUUUGACAUUGGAGGGGAGUUGCAAUACAACAUCCCACUGCCUUACAAUAUUGCAUUCGAUAAACCACUUCUGAAUGUACAGUCUGGAUUCCUAGUGGACACGGUCGGAUGUAGGAUUCCAGAUCUGGAUUUACUUGAUCCUGUCAUUAGAGAGUUCAUUAAAAAGGAAAAUCCACUGAACUGCCAUGAGAAACACCCUCUUCUCAUUGAUGCCAAUCUCACGUCAUUGUUCAUUAAGAAGUCCACAUUACCAAUCUUCAACAUCAGCGACGAGGAGCUUGAAUGCUGCUAUCAACCAUUUUGGAGAUCCAAACCACGCAGUGAAAAUGAUAAUUUUGAUAACAGAAUAGUGUUUGCUGACAACUGUACAUCAUUUAAGAAUGAAGUUUCCAUCGAAGAGGAAUUUGUGAAAGUUACGUGUAGUGUGGAUAACCAAAUCGUGUACAAAAACUACCACGCUUUUGUACCUAUAAAAAUAAAAGUUGAGAAAUUUUGCAAAGACGCUAGAGAAAAUACAUCUAGUCGAAACAGGGAACGUAUGAGUGUACUGAUUCUAGGGAUGGACGCUGUGUCCCGUUUAAAUUUCCACAGACAAAUGCCAAAAACAGAGUCUCUCUUACGCAGAAUGCACGCCAUCGAACUCUUCGGAUAUAACAAGGUCGCUGAUAAUACAUUUCCAAAUCUGGUCCCAGUUCUCUCUGGCCUGUCAGAGAAGGAAUUACGCGACACGUGCUGGCCACAGACAAGUUCUGUAUUUGACAAAUGCAACUGGAUCUGGAAGAACUUCAGUGCCGCAGGGUAUCGGACAGCGUUUGGAGAAGACGCCGCGUGGAUGGGAUUGUUUACGUACGUGAAACACGGAUUUAAGGAACAACCGACCGACUAUUACUUAAGACCAUUUAUGAAGACAGCCGAAGAUGACGCUGGACACAAGAAUCAGCUGAAUGCGAACUUAUGCAUAGGGCCAAAGAUGUCUGUUGCAGUCCUUCUUGAUUAUAUAUCAAACUUUGCUAUCGCGAUGUCAUCUAAAGAUUCUUUUGCGUUUUUCUGGGGCGCAAGUCUUACACACGAUUUUCUCAAUUAUCCAAGUCUGGGAGACGACGUUCACGAAAAAUUUCUAAAACACCUCGUAAACACAGGUUCAUUGAAUCACACAGUUUUUAUCUUUAUGAGUGACCAUGGAAUUAGAUGGGGAGGAAUUCGCGAGACUUACCAGGGACGUUUAGAAGAGAGACUACCGUUUGCAUUCUUCGUGUUUCCUAAUUGGUUCAGAAACCUUUAUCCGACUGCUAUCGCUAAUUUACAUAAAAAUACACAUCGUCUCACUACUCCAUUUGAUAUUUAUGAAACACUACUGGAUAUCUUGAAUCUUGAACAAAUUGAAAACGAAUCGAUACGAAGGCGAAGUAGAGAAUUGAAUGAAGCUAAAUCGAAACCUAGACAAAUAAGUUUAUUCCUCCCCGUUGACAAGUCUCGAACGUGCGCUGAAGCUGGUAUAGACCCACACUGGUGUACAUGUCAGAGGAGUAAGACUUUGCCAGUAGGAGAUGCCAUAAUUAAAAAUAUGUCAUUAAUAAUAGUUGACCAUCUAAAUUCUCUCCUAAAGCCAUAUGGAGUGUGUUCACAACUUAAGCUUGUAGAGGUGAAAAGUGCCUCUGUUCAAUAUCCUCAAGAACAUUUAUACGAAAAAACCAAAGAUCAGGGUUUGAAAGACUACGUUCUCGUGAUACGAACUACCCCCGGAGACGCGCUGUUUGAAGCUACAGUUCGUCGCCAUAUCAACAACAGCAGUACAGAAGUUACUGGUGUCGUAAGUCGAAUAAAUGCUUACGGCAGUCAAAGUUCUUGUGUAACAGACUUUCAUAUGAAACUUUACUGUUUCUGUAAGUCGUAUUUUGGUACAAGGACUUAACUGUGAUGAAUCACUGAUUUUGAAGAAACUUUGCAUUAAUAACUACUGUACAUUAAUCUAUACGUGCCUUAAUUGUUUUUCGUAUUGCUGCCAGAAAUAUAUCAACUACAAGAGUAAUGAUACGUAAUAAUAAAUACGAAACAGUUGAAUCUUUAAAGUUUAAAAACAAUCACAGUCUUCAAAGGAAAAUUAAUCCAGGGUCGACAUGGUCUUGUAAGUGACUGGAUUAAUUAAAAAUUUAAAGCCUAGUGGUAAUGGUAACUUUUGAAUUUUGUAUUUACGGGUUUCAAUGCAAAAAAGCGAUUAUUUCCUGAAACAGCGUUAACCAAUCGAUCGUUGUAAUAGUGAAGUGUCGUAUUUUCUUUGAAGUCAAGCCCGUACAAUUUUAAAUAUGCGUUUCUUAAGCCAUGGUACGUUCUUUGAUGUCAUCUAUUUCAGUAUUUGGGGAGGGGGGGGGUUACCACAACAAAUCUCUUACUAUAUUCUAGUAGAUUAAAGUAAAAAAGAUGGGAAUUAAAUUUCCUCCGUGCCUGAGCACAGAAUGAAAUAUUAUACGGGGCGCAGAUGUAAAAUUCCACUGUUUUCUGUAUAUAUGAAGCAGUCAUACCAACAUUUCAACAGCUUGAGUACAUAGCCGAUUGAUGUUUUAUCCACAUAUGAGUUCUAGAGCAGUGUUCUGCGAUUGGUGUGCCACAGAACACCAAUUUACCACCACGAGGUUUAAGAUUUCAGGUGUGUUGCGUCCUUGACGAAUUAUGGUGUUCCAUGAAAGAAGAAAAGUUGCAGAACACUGUUAUAAAGUGAUAAAGGUGUUAGGUAAAUGGAUAAGAAUGAUUUAUAUCUUAAUUGCGUCAUGUUUGUGUUUUAUUGAUACAAUAUUUUAUUUUCCGUCUAUACACAAACUUAAA